AUGUAUAAAACAUGUCGAUAUCGCUGGAGUUUCAGAAGUUAUGAUAAAGGAAAAGCCUCCCAGCAAUCAAACGUAACCAUUGGCAAUGAUGACGACGAUGUGGAAUUUAUGCAAGGAUUGGGAUUAAUCGCUGAAAAAGAUUCUUCUUCCGUUUCGGUUGAAAUAACAAAACAAGUUAACGUGAAGGAUCGUGGGACAAGUCCGUUUGCAAAUAAUCCCGUUACAACACAAGAACAAGCCACAAGUCCGAUUGCAAAUAAUUCUCUCUCUACACAAGAGCAAGCUACAAAUCCCAUUACCAACGAAAAAGCAUCGCCCAAGAUUGCUCGUGAACAGGAUAAAUUGCUGGAGUUGAUUCGGGAACUAUCUUCACCCGUCGAAGGCGAGACCGCUGAAAUCAAAAAAGGAGAAAGCGAGAAUUCUUUAGCCCGAUUAUAUCAAAAAGCACUUAAAGCCAAAAAUCGUGUGACCCAGGCCUAUCAAGAAGAAAUUCGGUGCUGGUACUAUUAUGCUGAAGAGUUUGAAAAAAAGGUUAUGAGUAUUAGAGAUAAUGACAGAAGAAUUGGCGACCAACAGGCUAGGACGAAGGUAUAUGACGAAAUUAGGGAUCAUCUAUCCGGUAUCACAAAAGAUACUCUGCGUAAAAAAACCCAAAGAGCUAGAGCAAUUUAUAAUCUGUUUAAGAAAAUAGGUGUAAAAAAAAUCAAAAGAGUUCAUUCUUAUAGUGCCGAUGCAAUUGCUAGUUUAACCGUCUCCCAGAUGCAAACUAUUAUAGAUAGAGUAACAAAUUCCUUGCCGAUCGCGUGA